GUAAAUUUUCGCUUUUGUUAUGUUUUCGUUUUUUAUUUAAAGUUUCGGUGUAAACCGUCAGCACCAAAAUCCCCUAGACCUUUCAACAUUCAACAACAACUUACAACCUAACCCAACUUCUGUGUUAUUGUUUAUUUCGUUAAAAAUGGAGCCCACUGACGACUCCUUGUACGUGUACCUAGAAUUCAACGACAAAAUCCCCUCAAGCAUCUUCGCCAACAAGAUGUUCCUCCGAGUCGCCAAUUUGCACAAACCUGAACCCGUCGUCCAAAUCAACGAUUUACUUUUCAAAGGCUCCUACGACGAGUGCGUCGGCACCAACAUCUUCUUCGAAGAAGUAGACAACCCCAAAGUCACUAACAACAUCUUUGACAAAACCCGGCGAAUCCACCUUAAACCCACCACAGCCCAAACCAAAGUCAUCAAACUCAAACAGGUGAAGCUCCCCAGAGAAAACACGAGCGAUACGAGCCUCAAAGAAUCCGUCGUUUUAAACUUGGACCAAGAUUACAAUAUAAUCCUCGAACGACUGCAGCAGGGGGUGCUAAACUUGGAGGAUCUCGCUCACAAAGACACGGAAUACACCCCCGAUGAACGAGAGCAGGCCCCGUUUGACGAAACCCCGCAAACACUGUCAGAGUCCGAGAGAGAAAUCGAAACUUUGUUAGAAAACGUUGAACCUAAACCACAGACGUCGCCCCUUGAUAUCAAAUAUGAGAAACUAAAGCGGCUGGCCCGCAGGCCUGUACGUAGAAUGAAGUCGCCGGAGAGGGUGCAGGAGUGUGAGCCCCAAUUUCGCAACGCGUUUGAGUAUCAUAAUCUAGAACGUCAGGUUUGUCAAAGCAGCGACUAUUUUCGGUCGGUGUCGUGUCCAAUUGUCGAGAAAUCGUUCGUUGGUGGAGUGGAUAUUGACAGGUGCAUUCUCCAGGGGUUGCUUCCGGCGGCUGCCGAUGUUAACUACGUGUUAACUAAAGAUGAACAAAAGAAAAUUUUGAAUGUGGAUAAUUUCGAGAAUUUGUCUAUUCCAGCACGGUAUUUGGUUUUGAAGGAGUGUGUUUCACAGAUUGAAGACUUGAUUGAGAGUACGUCGGGCGAAGAAUUGAAGGAGUGUGACGAAAACGGGAGGACCAUUGUGGAUAUUUGUGCGACGUUUAGGAGACUGGUGAGGGCGCUGGAGGUCACUAUGGGUGGAGAGGAGGGCGAUGGGGACGGUGGAGGCGGCGCGAAAACCCGCAUUGAUGACGUAGAAUACGUCAAAUAUAAAUAUCAAGGGGACGAUUUUGUGGACGAUAUGUUCGGCAGCGACGAGUGGACGACGGACGAAGAAACCAAUAAAGACAAAAGUGGUAGCGUUGUGGAGUCUGAUGAAGGCGAAGACAGAAACGAGGACGAAAAAAUGGAAAUUCAAAGUGGCGAGGAGUCAGGAGACAGUUUAAAUGAUGAUUCAGAUAGAUCAACAGAUUCGUCAUAAUGUAUUAUUUAAUAAUUAAUAUACUUAAUAAUUCUAG